AUUAAUUUAUGCAAUAGGAGUUUAUAUUUUAUAUGUUAUAAUUGAUAAUCAAUUAAUGUUUCCAUGUAUAUGUAAUAAUUCUAUAAAACUUGCCUAUUUAUGUUUUUUUCCCCAACUAUAUAUUUGCUCAAGGGAAAUCAGCCCAAAUUACAGAUCACUUACCCAAAAUUCCUCUGACAAUCAACAUCUCCACAAACCUUCCACUUCGAAGGCAUAGUAGCAGUUGUACUCCAUGAAAAUGCACAGGAAAAUCAUGGAGGGAGAAGACCGACUUAGCAAUUUGCCCGACUCAAUCCUACUUCACAUCCUCUCUAUGUUGCCGAACAAUAAAGAAAUUGUGAGAACUAGUGUAUUGGCUGAACGAUGGCAGUUUCUUUGGAAAUAUGUUCCAAAUCACUUGAUUUCAACUUCCCAGUCAGUGACAGCGAAAAGGACACUCUUGAUUACCUAGUUUCUAUCCCCAGAGAACUUUAUUAUUGGAGGUCUUGCGAGAAAAUUCGGAAAUUCAGGGUGUGGCGUCUUAAGUAUGACGAGCGUUAUGCUAAAGAUGUUGAUAUAUGGGUACAUUUUGCUACCAAACUUGCUAAAGUUGAAGAUUUUGUACUUGGACUUUUUACAAAUCACCGAAGAUAUGAGUUUCCCCAGUUUGCAUAUAAAAAUGCGUCGUUGAGGAAUUUGGUUUUAUGGAACUGCCAAUUGAAUCCUUCUGGCAGUGUUAACUGGAGUAGUCUUGUUUCUCUUUCAAUUGUUUACAUAGAAUUCACAGAUGGUGUCAUGGAAAAGGUAUUAUCUGGUUGCCCUAACUUGGAGAGCUUGGAAUUGGAAAAUUUUUGGGGCGUACAUCGUUUGGAAAUCAGCUCUGUGAAGCUGAGAGAAUUGAUUAUAUGUGACUAUUACAAUAAGAAUCAUGACCUUUGGCUCGAAUUAUUAGCCCCCCAUAUUCAAGAAUUGCAAAUUUUGGGGUUGUGCAGUGAGAUACGAAUCAUAAAUGUGGCAUCACUUGUUACUUCAAGGCUUUUUUUAAAUUUUAAUUUUGAGGAUGGAGAACACAACUUGGAGAAGGAAUUUCGGUGUUUCAAGGAACUUCUUCACAAUGUUGCCCAUGCCGAGAAUCUUACCUUGGGAUCCUGGUGCAUCGAGUGCUUGUCCAUCUUGGAGUUUAAAGGGUGGCAGUUUCCACCAUCAAGCCGGAAAUUCUUAGAACUUGGUGUGGAAUUUGAACAGUUGGACUUCCCUGGAAUUUGCUGCUUUCUACAGAGCUCACUAGAUCUUGAGACAUUGGUUAUUGACUGGUACGAUGUUGAGCCUAGAGAGUUGUUGUCAAGGUACACAAAUGAGGACGAACAGAUCAGGAAGUUUGAGACACAUCAUUUUAGCGGCUCAUUUCGACAUCUGAAGACCAUUGAGAUCCGUAACUUUAAUGGAUCGAUUAUGCCAUUGGUAAAAUAUUUGCUCAAGCAUGCAACUGUGCUAGAAAAGUUUGACAUUCGCGUCUAAGAUCCUCUCCGCUCACUUCAGUUGUCUUUUCUUAUGAUAACUUUUUGGGCCCUUAUCGUUUGUAUUUAAUCACCACAUACUUAAACAUCUAUAACUUUAUGUUUGAAACUGGCCAGUUUGAGCUGUUAGAAAAGGCUUGGAUUGCACUUGUCAAUAUCCAAGGAGUUAUUAAUAGUUCUUCAUGUUUAAGUAACAAUGUGUUCAUUAUCUAAUGAUCAUGUAAGAAA